CGCUUCUCCUACCUUUGGCUCAAAUUCUCUCUCCUGGUCUAUUCCACCGUGUUCUGGUUGAUUGGGGGCCUGGUCCUGUCAGUGGGGAUCUACGCAGAGGUGGAGCGGCAGAAAUACAAAACCCUGGAGAGCGCCUUCCUGGCCCCAGCCAUCAUUCUUAUCCUCCUGGGUGUAGUCAUGUUCAUUGUCUCCUUCAUCGGGGUGCUGGCUUCCCUCCGGGACAACCUGUGCCUUCUCCAGUCGUUCAUGUAUAUCCUGGGGAUCUGCCUCAUAAUGGAGCUUAUCGGUGGCAUCGUGGCUUUGAUCUUCCGGAACCAGACCAUUGACUUUCUGAAUGACAACAUCCGGAGAGGAAUUGAGAACUACUAUGAUGACCUGGACUUCAAGAACAUCAUGGACUUUGUUCAGAAGAAGUUCAAGUGCUGUGGCGGGGAGGACUACAGAGACUGGAGCAAAAACCAGUACCACGACUGUAGCGCCCCUGGACCCCUGGCCUGCGGGGUGCCCUACACCUGCUGCAUCAGGAACACGACAGAUGUCGUCAACACCAUGUGUGGCUACAAAAUGAUCGACAAGGAGCGCCUGAGUGCCCAGAAUGUCAUUCAUGUCCGAGGCUGCACCAACGCAGUGCUGAUAUGGUUCAUGGACAACUAUACCAUCAUGGCAGGUCUCUUACUGGGCAUCCUGCUUCCCCAGUUCCUCGGUGUGUUGCUGACACUACUGUACAUCACCCGAGUGGAAGACAUUAUCUUGGAGCACUCUGUCACUGAUGGAUUGCUGGGACCUGGUGCCAAGUCCAGCGAGGACACAGCGAGCACUGGGUGCUGUCUGUGUUAUCCCAGUUAG